UCAAUAUUUCCCGGUUAAUACUUAACUAUGAUGACUUAAAUGUUAAUAAUUUUCGAAACGGAAAGAGACUUUGAAAGUGUGCAGAGACCUUGUCCUCCUCGCUGUCCGCAUCUGUUUCUCAAACAAAGCGGUUUGUUAUUUCACAACUAUUUAACUAACCUUACAUAUUUAACUAGCCUAACUAUUUAACUAAUCUUAACUAUUUAAAGAUGCCUUCAAAAACACCAAAACAAAACAUCUAGAUUUAUUUAUUUUUAAAAUACGCCUACAGCUGCAGGUCGGUUAGCCUACUCGAUAUCCAUUUUUACCAGGCUACCUACUAAACUACACUCUUAUAUGGUUUUGUGAGUAUACAUAUGAAUAUUAUGUAUAUUGCAUUAUGCCGAGACUGGAGUAAAGUAACUGGGAGACGUUGCGCAGCAGAGAGGAAUGCAUUGUCUCUUCUACUAGUUAGCCAGGUCCUCAGCUCAGCCAUAAACGGUUUUGGUUUCUAUGGUUACUGGGCAGCAUGGACCCCGCCCUCCCGGGUCUGAAACCGGUCCAAUUGUCCUCAGUAGACAGUAGUAGGACAUAGUAUCCAUGGCUGCUGUGCCUGGAGAUGUUUAUAUUUCUACAGCAUGGCGGAGGAGAGCUAUACAGGAUCAGGGGAUGCAGAUGAUACAGAUGAGCUUCUCUAUACUGAUGGGGAGGACAACAGAAGCAUGUUGGACCUGAAUCCUCUUCCGCUGAGACUUGACCCCUGUGACCUGCUGAUGGACUCGAUAGACGUUCAACUGAGUCGACUUCAGGUGCAGAAUCAGAAAAACCAGGAGAGUUCAGGAGGUCUCAGUGGCUGUGAUGAAGCUCCUUUCAGCCGGCAGUGCUCAGGGAGCAGAGACACCGGCCUUGGAACACCAACCACCAGCCCCCCGAUAUCCUGUCUGCAGCCUGGGCCCCGCGAGGCCAAGGGACCGGCCCCAGGAAAGACGAGGCCGGACGUCUCUCAGGGAGCCCCCCCAUGCCCCCUCCAGAGGGGAGCGCAGCCUGGACGGGCCUGUAGGAGCAGGGAGCAGGAGGAGGCGGAGGAAGGGGCGGAGUCCCGCAGAGAGCAGUGCCUUUGGAGGCUGGGCCGCCUGCUAGGGGACCCCUUUGUUGCUGCAGGAGUAGGAAGGACUCCUGCUCCUCCUCCUCUACAGCCGGACAGCUUCUGCACCGAGGACCUCCUCCGUUGCUCCCCAGAGGAGAGUGUGGAGGGGGAGGAGGGCUGGUGGGCAGGAUGCUCCUCCCAGGGGGUCCGGGAGCAGGGAGACGUGGUGGACGUGACUCGGGGCGGACCAACAGGGUUCCUCGUGGAGGGCGGUAGGGGUGCACGUGUUCUUCGUCAUCCUCCUCUUCCUCAGCCACAGCCACCCCAGACCCACGGCCGGGACAACAUGUCGAGUUCUGAGGAACGCCACUCUUGUGAUGUUCAUCGGACGGAAGAAAGACAAGGAAGCGGAGAAACUAAAGCCGGGCAGAGACAGCGAGGUUCCCAGAAGACCUGCGAUUACAUCAGCAGCCGGUCCGGACUGUCGACUCCAGACACCCAGGCCCCGGUCCCACCAUGCAGCCACAAGGCCGCCCACCCUGAGAGCAGAGGACGGCGGAACAAGGGGCCUUGUCCUGAGCCCAGAGGUCUGGCAGGUGGAGCGAUGUGGGGGUCUGACUCCGUCUGCCCUCCGCCAUUCCCUCAGACCCUCUGCAGCAGGACAGGAUGGCCGUCGUUCAUGCCAUCCAUUCAGAACACGGAGGGCUACUGCAGCGACCGGAGUGAUGACCACACACCCACACCAGCUCCCGGAAAAGGAGGUGACGGAGGUUCAGCUUUCCGCCAAGCAAGGCAGACUAGGAGAGCCACCCCCAGGUACGGGCGCUCUACAGGAGGGGAUGAGGGUGAUGAGGACACAGACGAAGGGCACUGCAGCCGCAGGAGUAAGAACCAGAUGACCCUAGAAGUCCAGUUGGAGAAGAUGAAAUGCGAUGGGUCCAGGAUGGAGGAUGUUCUCAGGACUCUCCGCCAUAAGUGUGAAACAGAGGAGGGGAAACUGGAGCUGAGAAGAGAAGCGCUGCGUGAGUCAGAGUCUUCCAUCUCUGACGCUCAGCAGAAAACAAAGCAUGCUUUGCAGGAGCUGGCCCAGAUUUGUACCGAGACAGCACAGAUGGAGUUGGAGGGACAGGAACUGGACACCCGUCUGAGGGAAAGAAAGCCCAGUCUUCAGCUGUGUGGCCUGAGGAGCGAGUCCUGUCUCCAGCCAAUCGGGGACAUGGAGGAGGAGCCUGGAAAUCUGCGCAGAAUGACCCAAGAUGGCUGCCACGCAGAGACGAAAGCGCCGGGUUUGGUGGUGUCCAUCUUGGAGAGGCUGGAUACGGAGCGGCAGCUGGACUCCACCAAAACCCAACUGUUUGCAGAGAAGCGACGCUCUCGGGACAAGCUGGACUCCAUGCAGGAGCGGUUGGAUGAGGCUGAGGAAGAGCUCCAGAGGGCCAGAGAGGAGCAGGGCCUGCUGAGGUCCAGGAUUGAGGCUCUAGAGGAGGAACAGAGGCAGAAACAGGAGCUUGUGGUGGCUCUGCAGCGGGGGUCCGGGGGCCUGCGGGGCCAGCUGGUUGAGUGUAAGGAGAGGCUGGGCUCCCUGGAGAAGAUUGUAGCCCAAAAGGACCUUCAGAUAAUUUGCGCCCAGGAAGUGCAGGAGGCUCUGCGUGCUGCCAGAAACAGCCUACAGGGGGAGCUCCAAACAAUGACACUCCAGCACUGCAAGGUAGGCAAGAUGGUGGCAGAAGAGAAAGACCUCGCUUUGAGGGAACAGGCUGAGGUGUUCACACGGCAGCUGGAGUCUGCUCAAACCUCCCUGAAGCUGAGCGAGGACGUGGCCAGGGGGCUGAGGGGGGCUCUGCACCAGCAGGAAGAGACUGGGAAGAAACGGGAAGAGCAGAUGCAUGAUGAGGCCAAAGAAAAGGUCCGGAAGGCUUCAGAGGUGGAGAAGGAGAACAUGGCUGCCCUGCAGCAGCUGCAGGAGAGGAACCAGGAAGCGCUGGAGGGAGCUAGGCGUAACCUUGAGGAGGAGAGGAAGAACUCUCAGGCUCUUCAGAAACGCGCGGCCGAGCUGCAGACUAAGGUAGAGGAGCUGGAGGGAGCGUGCUGUUUUCAGAAGAGAGAGCAGGACGCGGCGCUAGCCAUGCUACACAGCUCGCUAACGGAGGAGCGCCGUGCCGAGCUAAAGCGACAACGUAGACACAUGGAGCAGGAGCUUGCCGUGAGGCUGCGAAGGCUGGAGGAGACAGGCCAGCUGGCGCAGAGGGAGGCAGAGCGACUGCGCCGGGAGAUGGGUGAGAGGGAGGAGAGCCACCAGAGGACCACAGCCAUGCUGGAGCAGCAGCUGAGACAGGUCACCCAGGGGCUGGUGGCCGAGGGCCAGCAGCUCUGCCUCCUGGUGGACCAGGGAGGAUCCAGAGGAGAGCCCACGCAGCUCCCUCAGAGUCCUACUGCAGCCCAGGCCUGCCAGUACCUGCACGAUCUGAGGGUGCAGUUACAGAACUUCAUCCACCAUCUUCACCAGGAGCUGCAGUCUCAGAAACAGAACGCUUCCAGACUGAAGCACGCCCAGGAGCAGGAGUUGUGUAUCCAGAGGGAGAAGAUGGAGAUGGAGAAACAGCAGGCCUUGCAUUCGCUGAAGGAGCGUCUCAUUCAGGAGCACGUGGAGGAGUUGAGCAGGGUGAGGCGGGGGCCCGGGGCCUCCCUACGAAGGCAACGGCAGGCCACAGACCAGGAAGUGAGGCAGGUCCAGAGCAGCAGGGGCCGGUUGAAGAGCCUGACCGGGUCUGAGGAGAAGCUCCCAGCUGAGGGGGAGAGACGGAUCGGUAGGAGCCAAGAGAGGAAGCCCAGGAGGCCUGAUGGAGCGACGAGCCUGGCGGGCGAGGUGGGACUGAAGCUCUAUGAGUCAUCCUCGUCUUCCUCUCUACCUCCUGUGUUCACGAGGAGAACGGUAAACUCUUCUCUGGUCCUCGCUUCCUCCCAUCAGGCGUCGGGCGACUCUGGGGGACAUCGGCUGGUGGCAGACCCCUCCUGCCACGCACCCGGGUCCCCCCCCCGCCCAGCCUCUGACCCCGCCUCCCUGAGGAUCCUUCACCACCUCCGGAGCCGGAUCCGAGAGCUCCGCGCCGAGGGCCAGAGCGGCCCCUCCCCCGCUCCGCCCAGGCAGGGCAGCGACCUUUUGGGGUCCUACCUAGAGACGGUACGGCCCCCGGUGGAGAGGACUCGGACCGCCUGUCCCUUAGUAAGCUGAGGGCUUACUAGUCUGACAUUCAGUUUACUAUCCUGUGAUGAGACGUUGGUAUCUUUUUUUUUGACCUUAUUAAAGAAAAUGUGUGAAACAUUGCAAAAGACAUCACAUUCACGUUAAAUGGACGACUAUUAGCCAUAUUAGGAUUUAUGAGUUCAUAGCGCAGAGGGAUGAGCCGCUCAUUUGGGGACUGAAAGGUUGCUGGUUCAUUUGGAGCAACCAUCUUUGAUUCUCUGAGGAAGAGUUGGUUGCGUCGAACUUGAAGGGCAAUGGCCGCAUAAGGUGUUCAGAUGUAAACCGUCAGCUCAGCAGUACGUUGACUAGGAACCGAAUAA